AUGGCUGGAAGAGUUCCAAUGAUGCAACCCCAAAUUAUCUUGCUCAAAGAGGGAACGGAUGCGUCUCAAGGUCGUGGUCAACUUCUAUCCAAUAUCAAUGCUUGUUUAGCAGUAGUUGACACUGUUAGAACAACAUUGGGACCAAGAGGCAUGGAUAAAUUGAUCGUUGAUGAAAAGGAGAAUGGUCAUAAAUACCAUUUAUGUGUAGGGGAAGUUACAAUCUCGAAUGAUGGUGCUACGAUUAUGAAACUCCUGGAUGUUGUGCACCCCGCUGCAAAGACUCUUGUCGACAUUGCAAGAUCACAAGAUGCCGAAGUUGGCGAUGGGACCACAAGUGUAGUCUUGCUCGCAGGAGAAUUGUUGAAAGAAGUUAGAGGAUAUAUUGAAGAUGGAGUUAGUCCUCAUAUUAUUAUUAAGGGUUAUAGAAACGCUGCUCAAUUGGCAAUAAAUAAAAUCAAAGAAAUUGCGAUCACGAUUGAGCGUACUGAUGAUAUUCAAUUUCGAGAUCUGCUUAAGAAAUGUGCCGGAACAGCUAUGUCUUCGAAACUCAUUCACUCGCAUGAAGAUUUCUUUACAGAUAUGGUCGUUAAUGCAGUAUUGAAACUGGAUCAAGAAGAAUUAAAUGAGAAAUUAAUUGGUGUAAAGAGAAUUCCUGGUGGUGCCAUGGAGGAUUCCCUACUUGUUGAUGGUGUUGCUUUCAAAAAGACAUUCUCAUAUGCUGGAUUUGAACAACAACCAAAAUCGUUUAAAAAUCCUAAGAUAUUGUCCUUAAAUAUUGAAUUAGAAUUAAAAGCUGAAAAAGACAAUGCAGAAGUCAGAAUCGACGAUGUUUCGGAAUAUCAAGCAAUUGUUGAUGCUGAAUGGACCAUUAUAUAUUCAAAACUUGAAACUAUUGUUAACGCUGGAGCAAAAGUAGUACUUUCAAGAUUACCGAUUGGUGAUUUAGCAACUCAAUAUUUUGCUGAUAGGGAUAUCUUUUGUGCAGGUCGAGUACCUGCCGAAGAUCUUAAUCGUGUAGUAAAUGCAGUUGGUGGCUCGAUGCAAACCACUGUUUCUAAUAUUGAGGAUAAGCAUUUAGGUACAUGUGAAUAUUUUGAAGAAAAACAAAUUGGUGGUGAAAGAUUUAAUAUCUUCGAGGGUUGCCCUGCAACAAAAACCUGUACUCUCAUUUUAAGAGGCGGUGCAGAACAAUUUAUUGCAGAAGUAGAAAGAAGUUUGCAUGACGCAAUCAUGAUAGUGAAAAGAUGCAUUAAGAAUAAUUUGACAGUUGCUGGUGGCGGUGCCACGGAGAUGGAAAUAUCUAAAUAUCUUCGAGAUCAUUCUCGGACAAUUGAAGGAAAACAACAAUUGAUUAUCGGUGCUUUUGCACGUGCAUUGGAAAUUAUUCCCCGUCAAUUAUGUGAUAAUGCAGGUUUCGAUGCAACCGAUAUGUUGAAUAAUCUAAGAAUGAAACAUGCCCAGGGUGCUCUUUGGUAUGGUGUGGAUAUCAAUGCUGAAUCUAUUACUGACAAUUAUGAAAAGUUUGUUUGGGAACCUGCACUUGUAAAAACAAAUGCAAUUGCCGCUGCUACAGAAGCAGCAUGCUUAAUUUUAAGUGUGGACGAAACUGUGAGAAAUCCAGCAUCAGAAAAACCUCAAGGUGGUCCUCCAAUGCCAAGAGGUGGGGCUCAAAGAUCAUUUAGAGGUCGUGGUCGUGGUAUUCCACGAUGAAAAAAUUGAAAAUUGUGUAUUAGAGUAAAUAAAGACAAAUACUUCUUUAUGUUUCCAUUGUAUCAUUACUACUUUGACGGUCAUUACAUACAACGCCCAUACAUUUAAACCCUUCCUCAUUUCCAGCUAAUAAUAACAAUAACAGUUUUUAUAAACUUUUAAUCAAUGAAAUGUUGAUAAUUGCAAAGUUAAUAGUCAAUAUUAUUCUUACCUUUCCACAAGCGAACUUUUCCGUCAUCUCCUGCCGAAGACAAAAUUGUGCCCGUUACAUUCCAUUUGACUUUCCAUACCUGUAAAAGAAUAAAAUAUUUAAACGAAAGCA